AUGACAAGCACAAGCACAAGGUUAAUUGGAACGCGAUGCAAGCUCCCGAUUGCGAUGAGAUCGCUAGGGCGAGGGGGAAAUGGGGUGAGAAGUGGUUGGGUGAGGAGUGGGGGUAUGAGAGGGUUUUCAAUGGGCAAGAGGUGCGAGACAGAUGGGGUUUAUAGGGAGUUGACGGCGAUGAGGACGAGGGUGCCGUUUAUUGAGGCGUGGAGGAGGGAGGAGGGGAAGAGGAAGAGGGGAGAGGAGGUGGGGGUGGGGAAGGAGGGGGGGAAGGUAAAAGGGGGUGAGGGAGAGGAAUUGCAAAUGAAGAGGAUGGGGGAUAGUUUUCAUAGGGUGAUUUUACCAUUGGCGAGCGAUCCUUGGCUUUUGGAUAAUUAUAUCACGGCGAGUGGACAUAUUAGAUUGGGAGCUAUUUUUAUGGAUCUCGAUGCCCUCGCCGGAGUAAUCUCCUACAAACACACCGGCGAUCGCGUCAUGACCGUCACCGCGGCCGUCGACCGCAUCACGCUCUCUCGACCCCUCCUCGAAAUCUGCGAUCUCGAAUUAUCCGGCCAAGUGACCUUUGCCACCGGGCGCUCCAGCAUGGAAGUCUCGCUACAAGUAUGCAAAGUUCCGUCUGCGGGACAGGAAAAUCAACCGAGGAGGAAAGAAGAUGUUUUCAUGGAAUGUGCCUUCACGAUGGUGUCGCUAGAUCCGGUGACAAAGAAGGCGGUGAGGAUUGCGGGGGUGAGGCCCGAGGGGGAAGUGGAGGAAGGUUGGUUUGAGAGGGGGAGGAAGAGUUAUGAGAAGAAGAAGAGGGAGUUGGGGAGGGGGUUGAGGAGUAUGGAGCCGGAUGAUGAGGAGAGUGAUUUGAUUCAUAGGUUGUGGUUGAAGACGUUGGAUUAUCAUGACCCCAACACCCCCUCCCUCCUUCCCAAAACCUGCACCCGCAUGUCCAACUCCACCAUCCAAUCCGUCCAAAUCAUGCAACCCCAAUACCGCAACCGCCACAACUUCAUGAUCUUCGGCGGUUUCCUCCUCAAAUCCACCUUCGAACUCGCUUUCACCUGCGCAUCGGCUAUAUCGCAUUCGCGUCCUAUUUUCCUGGGUCUGGAUCCGAGUACUUUUGAGAAUCCCGUGCCAGUAGGUAGUGUGCUGUAUGUGAGUGCUACGCUGGCAUAUGGGGAUCGGCCGCUUGUGAGGGGAGAGGGAGAUGCGGAGACGGAGACGGAGAGGGAGAUGGAGAGUAAUGAUGGAGAGGGAGGGAAAGCGAAAGGAAAGAAAACCAGGGUGCAGAUCAGAGUAGAUACGAAGGUUAAAAAUGUAGAACAUGGAGAAACGAAACCGACGGGACAGUUUAAUUAUACGUUUGAGGUGGAGGGGGAGGUGCAGGUUUUGCCGGAGAGUUAUAGGGAGUUUAUGGUUUAUUUGGAUGCGAGGAGGAGGAGUAGGGGGAGGGUGGAAGAGAGGGGGAUUGUAAGGGAGGGAAUGCGGGGGAGGGAAUUGAUGGACUGGGGGCUGGGGGAGAUGGGGGGUUGA